AUGCAGUUCCUCAGCAGCCAGGGACUGAAAGGAUUGCACAUCAUGCUGCUUUCCCAGCGUGUGCUACCUUCCCAGCUUUCUCCAGAUGAGAGUCAGAAAUUUCCAUGUUUAAAAAAAAAUGCUUGUACCUUGUUUUUAAAGCAGGAGUCUUCAGAUCCAAGCGAAACUGCGGUGCGGUCAGAGGAAGAGCCGCUCCUAAGGAAGAGCCCCCGCCGGUUCGUCAUCUUUCCCAUCCAGUACCCUGACAUCUGGAGAAUGUAUAAACAAGCGCAGGCGUCUUUCUGGACAGCUGAAGAGGUUGAUUUAUCGAAGGACCUCCCUCACUGGAGCAAGCUUAAAGCAGAGGAGAAGUAUUUCAUCUCCCACAUCUUAGCGUUUUUUGCAGCCAGUGAUGGAAUUGUGAAUGAAAACUUGGUGGAGCGGUUUAGCCAGGAGGUGCAGGUUCCAGAGGCUCGCUGCUUUUAUGGCUUUCAAAUUCUCAUCGAGAACGUUCACUCAGAGAUGUACAGUUUACUAAUAGACACUUACAUCAGAGAUCCAAAGCAAAGGGAAUUUUUAUUUAAUGCAAUUGAAACAAUGCCAUAUGUAAAGAAAAAAGCAGACUGGGCUCUGCGCUGGAUAGCAGACAGAAAGUCUACUUUUGGGGAACGAGUGGUGGCCUUUGCUGCUGUCGAAGGGAUUUUCUUCUCCGGAUCAUUUGCUGCCAUAUUCUGGCUAAAGAAGCGAGGCCUCAUGCCUGGACUCACUUUUUCAAAUGAACUGAUCAGCAGGGAUGAAGGACUUCACUGUGACUUUGCCUGCUUGAUGUUUCAGUACUUGGUAAACAGGCCUUCAGAAGAGAGGGUCAGGGGAAUCAUUGUCGACGCUGUUAACAUUGAGCAAGAGUUCUUGACGGAAGCCUUGCCUGUUGGCCUCAUUGGAAUGAACUGUGUCCUGAUGAAACAGUAUAUCGAGUUUGUAGCUGACAGAUUGCUUGGAGAACUUGGAUUCUCAAAGGUUUUUCAGGCAGAAAAUCCCUUUGAUUUUAUGGAAAACAUUUCAUUAGAGGGGAAAACAAAUUUCUUUGAGAAACGAGUUUCUGAGUAUCAGCGAUUUGCAGUCAUGGCGGAAACCACAGAUAAUGUCUUCACUCUGGAUGCAGAUUUUUGAAGCCCUCCUCAUUAAAAAACAA